AUGACCUCCCAGCCGGCGAUCAUGGCGGAGGACGCAAUAGCAGGAGUGAUGCCUCUUCUCCCCGGCAUCCCGGAUGAGCUCGCCAUCUGGGAGAUCCUCAUCCGCCUCCCGCCAAAAUCCCUUCUCCGCUGCCGCGCCGUCUGUCGCGCCUGGCGCCGCGCAACCUCCGUCCGCGCCUUCCUCCUGGCUCACCAUGACCGCCAGGCAUCACUGCCCAUCGUCUGGGGUAAACUCGUCUCUGGAUCCGAGCACGGCGGUGCCCGCUACAAAGACUUCCUCGCCUUCGAUCAACGGGCCACCGACGCCCAGCUCCAGCCUGUUGCCCGGCUUGACCAGUCCUACAGUCUGCGAGCCAUCUGUGACGGCCUCCUCAUCCUCUCCAACUACACGACUGACACCUACUAUCGCAUCUGCUUCUCCAUCUGCAACCCGGUCACUCGUCAGAGUGCUCCCCUCCGGCAGCCGUCGGGCUUCAUAUUAUUGGGAAUGUACCUGCACCGUCCUACCGGCGAAUACCGGCUGUUACUGAGCCGGAGGACCUACGGGGUGUCGCCAAUUCUUGGAUCGGUGAUGGGUAAAGGUGAAAUUAGCUGCUAUGUCUUCGUCUUGGGCUCCGAACAGCCACCCAGGUACAUUCAGCGGCUGGAUCCAGAGUCAGGGUUGUGCUUCCUAACACCUGCCCUGGUCCGUGAUAGCCUGCAUUGGUUCUCACUGCAGCACCAGAGCCAAAGCAGACGCAUAAUUGUAUUUGACACCACAGCUGAGUUGUUCAGGCAGAUGCGUGCUCCACUUCUUCCCACCAGCUCAUGUAUCUUUGAAAUGGAUGGAACCCUUGGCAUCUAUAGCCAUAAAGAUGACAUGAAAGUUGUUGAUAUAUGGGUGUUGCAAAACUACGAAGGCGAGGUAUGGGAGUGCAAGUACCGAGUCGAAUUGCCGGUCGCUGAAAUCAGGGGGCUGUUUGGAAGGAAGGAAGGCCAUUGGGAUGUGACCGUUGUGAUGGCGGAUGGUGAGAUCCUGUUGCUGCUCAGUCAUGGCCACUGGCUGUUUUACGUUGACAUUGAUGGUAAACUGGUUGACAGUUUCCAUCGUGAUGGCCAAUACUUAUCUCCUUGUGGACUUCGACUGAAACAAACUCUUGUUCCUCAUACCUUCUUCACGACACUAGAAGACCAUGUUGUGAAUGCUCCGCCUUUCAUCUGAAGGCAGUUGCGCGAGCUGGUACUUCUUUGCGGCUUAGCUGCCAUAUCUUCAUAAGCUGCAAUAUCUAUGAAGUGAAUCAAGUAUGAACCUGCUGGUUUCUUCUUUUUUCAAUCGAUGUACAUAAAGUGACGAUCAGAGUAUAUGGUUGCAUAAAAUCUGUGCUUGUUUCAAUACCCUCUCAGGCUGAAGUCACUACGGUGUGUGCUGAUUCUAGAAUUACCAAGUCAUUUUCUCUGCUUUCGAAAUAUUUACCGCUUGAUCCACCUCAUGUCUCUAUUUUCGUGGGCUUAGGAAUUAACUUUGCUUUAUGUAUCUAGUGUGCUUCUUAGUACUGAAUUGUUAUCAACCAUAUGCCUCAAAUCCCUACCCGUUGAACUGAAGAACUGACUUUACCUUUUUUUUAUCUAGUCGUCUCCUUGAUAGUCAAUAUUUAGGGUGUUUCCUGUUUCUACCAAUGUUGUAGCUGACGAAGAAAAGAGGCACAUUUCCUCUUGUUGACUGGCAAGCUGCAUCUAACUUUUAGAAGUCCUUGUAGUACUACCCGUUAAAUUAAUGGUUGCAUCAUACUCAACAUCUCAAUGGAAUGUUCUAUUAUAAUUCCUUUUUCUUCAUGAAUUUAUUGCAUCUUCUAAGGUAGGUCUUAUGGAGAGUGGGAGACUAGGAAGCUCACCUUAUACUGAGAGUUGGACAUGCUUACGGGUUUGUCUCAUUCCAAGGAGGUCCAGUUGAUCUCACGCUGGAGAUUGCACUCGAGAAUCAAUAACCCAAAACUGUACAGUUCGUGUACAUAAGAGUAGGCAGCUGAGUUCAGAAUGGUAGUUGGAAGUUGGAAUGCAGACCAAACUGACCAGUGGCUGAGAAUCACAGGUGAUCCAUGGAACGGCAGGUACAAGCACUGCUAGUUCUUGUUCUCCCCGUACGCCUAUAAAUUCCCCCUGCUCUCUCUGGGUCUGUGCUUUAGUUUGAGUUCUUGUGAAGCUGUAGAUUUUUUGCAUUCCAGUAGCUCUUUCUCCUGCCGACAUGGAUCCACAUGGGCCUGGAGGACCAGGUUGGGGAGGCCCUGGAGGCCCCGGAGGCCCUGGAGGCCCCGGAGGCCCUGGAGG